AGAUUCCAAGAAACGCGCAAGGAUUCGAUCAUUUCACUUUCGAUAAAGGAAAUCGGCAAAGCCACAGGAGAAAUAAAGAAGAAGCUACAGUAUUAGAUAGGUUGAUAGAAGAAGGUUGAAUUCGAAGUUAGAACAAUGCCGUACUUGCUCCACCCAUCUCUGGCAACAUGUCCUUCUCGGCUUCGCAUCUCUUCACCGCUCAUCACAACCUCAAUCAGCCCAUUUCGGGCCCAUAGUCUUGUUAGCUUGGCUCGCUGGGGCGACCAGGUGGACAAGACGAUUGUUGGGGUGACGACGACUAAAAUAAGGUGCAUGGCCAAUCCAAGAAGAGUUAAAAUGGUGGCCAAGCAGAUAAGGAGGGAACUUUCUGACAUGCUUCUCACUGAUAAGGUGUUGCAGUAUGCUGUUCUACCUGAAGCUUCCUUAGGAGCUGAUCGAUACCUCUCCUCCCUCACCACCAUCAGCGAAGUUGAAGUCUCCGCCGAUUUGCAGGUGGUUAAGGUGUAUGUUUCUGUCUUUGGAGAUGAAAGAGGGAAGGAAGUUGCCAUUGCUGGAUUGAAAUCAAAGGCUAAAUAUGUUAGAAGUGAGCUGGGGAGGCGUAUGAAGUUGAGGCUGACUCCUGAGAUACGGUUCAUUGAGGAUGAAUCCAUGGAGAGAGGAAGCAGGGUGCUUGCAAUUUUAGACAAAAUUAAGGAGGAGGAGAAGGGUGCAGAGAGAAAAGAGCAAUCAGAUUCUUCAGCAGUACGUGAAGAAGACAGCGAGUGGGAUGAUGAAGACCCUGACUACGGCAUAAUUUAUGUUGAAUAGCUGCUUCCUAGAUGAUGAACGUGAUGCCUGUUUGUAUUUGGAUAGAGCUUUGCUUGUUGGCCGGAGAAAUACUUCACUAGAAAUCAUGUGGCAUGGGACAAUUUAGAUACAAAGCCUAACUUCGGCAGAUUCAUUCGAAGCUGGACCAAAUUUUGGCUUUAUGCUCUCCUAGUGGUAUUGCUCGCGAAGUCUUCUGGUAGUGCUAGCUCAAGAAUGUAAGAAUGUAAGCAUCUAAUGGUGUACCGUUGUGCUUCCCAUAGCGCCUUGGAUGUUUCGAUCGGAGAGGGUUUUCCGUGUACUGUGUAAAUUUGUUUAUCGUUGGUCCCCAAUUUAUUUUUUUAAAAGCACAUAAUUUACAAGGAAAAUUUCCAAUAAUUACAUACCAGAAACAAGUGAAGUACAGUGCGCGUGGAUAUUAUAUAUUGCUUUUUGCAGUUGA